ACCUAUUGCUGUGGAGGAGACGUGUAGUGCCCGCCUGUGUGUGUGUGUGUGUGUGUUUUAACACACACGACUGUUCUUCAACAAAGUCAGAGUAAUUUGUGUUUCAUUUGCAUGCCGUUUAUAUUUUAAACGGGCGAUACCUCAGAGGACCCUCGAGCUGGGGGGUGUGGAGAUGUUGGAGCUUGAACGUUUAAAAGUGGGCUGUUCCUCGUAGCUCGCUGAGAAUAAGGAAACCUGAGCAAAUCUGCAGCCCUGACUUAACCAGUUAGCGCUGCAAACCCGCACCGCUCGGAAACUGCGCUCCGACCACAACAGGGAGUCCUCUCAGAUAGUCUGACUCGGCGGAGCUGACCCACAGCCUUCCUGGAGGCAGAUGGCGGAUUCUUCAUCAAACUCCACAUUGUCCAGUGACAAGCCUAGCCAUGAGUACGUUGCCUUUGUGAUAGUGCCGGUCUUCUUCUUCCUGGGCCUGCUGGGCGUACUUAUCUGUCAUGUGCUGAAGAAGAAGGGCUACCGCUGCACCACUGAUGCUGAAGAAGAAGAAGAGCUGGAGGGAGAAGAGGAGAAGCACCUGGAGGAAGGAGAUCUGAAUGACACCUACAGCGAGGGCAACACGGACACAGUGGGCCAGAUCGUUCACUACAUCAUGAAAAAUGAAGCUAACACGGAUGCCCUGAAGGCCAUGGUGACUGAGAACAGUAUAGACUCUGAUGGUGCUCCAGUGACCCCCACAUCACCCACAUCACCCACAACCCCAGUGUCACCCGGGGCUCCACCCUCAGCGGCUAAACACACCUGUAACCACCUGCACACCAUCGGAGGAAUCGGGGGGCAGAAGAACAUCUGCAACCGCUGCAACCACAAGAAAUGGCCACUCAUGCGUCGGGGCUCCAACAAGAAGAUGGACCGCCGCAGUCACAUUGGAGAGGUCACUGUGCUGUCAGUGGGCAGGUUCCGUGUGACCAAGAGUGACCCCAGGUACCCUGUCAGACGCCCCCUGCUGAUCACUGAGCCCAACGGGAGUGUGCCGACAUCUCCUGCAAAGCCGGAGGCAGGCCCACCGAGCAGCAACACACCCCCACAGUCUCAGGCGGAGGUCCCUGUGAAAAAAUGACGUGACUGAAGCCAAAGGAUCUGCUUCAAGUACAGACGACUAAAAAUUUUAAACAUGUUUUAUACCCAAAAUCACACUGCUGUCGCAGCAGAGAGGGACCGAGUCCUGUACUCCGAGAUGAUGAGAGUAUCAGGAGUGCGAGAGAGAGGUAAAAUGGUAGAAAUGAGGGGGGUGAAGAAGAAGCCUUUUAAACUGAACUGCACUAUUACACUCUACUCUCCUGCCACUAGAGUGUGUUUGUGUAUCUGGAAAAUGAUGAGGAACGUGUACAGUUCAUUGUAGUUUUAUCACAUCACCAUGCCAACACUCCCUUUACAAACACAUCAUCUUUAACCAUGAUUGGCGUCAGUUCAUCCUUGUUAAUGACCACAGGUGGGUUGAUUAAUCUCUGGUCAAAAAAAUGUAUUGAUCAUCUGACUCAGUGGGUUACUUCCAAGAAGUUGAAUUGUUUUUCCUUUUGGUUACUGUGAAGGACAAAAAAAGCACAAAAAGGAAAAAAAGACAUCAGACCUCAGACACAGUCUUGGACCCAUAAGAUGGACUACCGCCAUUACACCUGUCUGCCAUAUGUUUUCAUCUUCAUCUUCAUUGUCUUCAUUUUUGUCAUUGUAGGACAAACUCUUUCUGCCUUAAAAUAAGUAUGUUAAGUGUCCUCUUCCCUUAUCUAAAGCCAGCUAACCUUAUCUAUCUAUCUAUCUAUGAGAAAUAAUAUCCUCUUGUUGGGACAGGAAUAGUUCCAAUCAUGAUUAGCACUCUGUAUUUUUCUGAACAUCUAUGAAAAACCAAAAGAUUAUAUUAUAGAAAAAAAUAUGCAUACAUGUACAUUUUAAAAGGCUUUGCAAAGAAAAUUAUGUAAAAUAUUUUAUGUAUAAUAUCAUCAUUGAGCACAAAGUGGCCUAUCUAACUGCACCUUUGAAAAAUAAGAGAUUCGUUACACUUACUGGCUGCACUGCAUUGCACUCAUCUUUACAACCUGCAUGUCUUAUCCACCAUCAUGUGCUCGUCAACAUCAUGUGCUAAUAAAGUGACCUAAUUAAUACAAUAUACAAACCCAAAAUAUAGGUCUGCCUGCAUACUAUAGUAAGUAGGCCUGUUGCUAUUCUGUAGUUACUCAGACACGAGUGUUUUAAAAUAAGCUUCUGAAAGAGUAACAGUGGCCUUCUUAUUAUUUAGCCAAAAUAAAUUUGCCAAACCAUUUAUUAUUUAUUAUAUAAACUGUAUGGAAAAAUUAAGAUUAGCCUUUUUUCGUGUAACUUUGUUGUUAAAAUGUCACCCAGAAAUUACACGAGUUAGUGGUUUAUGUUCAUAAUCUAAUUUAACCCGUUGCAAAAGUCUGUUUUACCCUUGAUAUGUCCAGUCUUGUACAGUGGCAUAUUAUUAGUAAUGUGGACUUACGUGACGAAAAACUUGUAUCCAGAUAUUUUGUGCCAAAGCAGAUAUUUGGAUCUCCAUGAAACACAUUUUUCAGCUCCGCCCCCGGCCAAAACAAACAACAAAAAAAUGUCCUAGUCAGAGUGACCGUUUGGGGGUAUUUAGCAAUAUUUACCAAUUACCAAUGAGUACAUGAUAAAUGGUCUAUAUUUAUCUUUUUUUUUUUUUUUUUUUUCAUAGCCAUUUUAUCUUUUGGGGGUGGGGGUGGUUGGGGGGGGUGAUGUAUUCCUGAAUUCAUUCAUUCAUUGGUAUUGGGAUGAUUAUUGACUAUUUUAAACAGUUUAAAUAAAUGCAAAGUGUUUAAGAAUGGACAAAUGGAAUGGAAUGUUAGAACACUAAUAAAGUUGUUUUGCACUGUUUAAAAAGGCCAUGUUCAUGUUAUAGAACAUUUUGUCUUAAUGGACAUUUUUGUACCCACAAUUUAUACAUUAAAAAGAUUAAAAGGUAA